ACAGACUUGGACCGACCCAUGAAGGACCGACCCAAGGACCAUAGAGACGUGACACACAGACAAAAAAAGAUACCAACAAGUACUGUUUUAAUUUCAGUCGGUCAGUAUUUUUCGUAGGCAAUUUCAGUUUUUGCCAGGGAGUGGAAUUAAUAACUUAGAUUUGCUAACCCAAGAAAUAAUCGUGAUUGUGUUACAACUUACAAUAAUAAAUUAAUACCAACUAGCGGUCGAAAAUUAAAUAGAAAAAAUACCAUCGUCUGUUUGCUGUUUAUAAUUUAUAUUUAUGAGAAAUACAAGCUCAUAUCAUUUUUCAUAACACACAGUGUAGUUGGUAGUGUUUCAGGAAUAAUAAAAAUUUCCAAUAGAGAUGUGUUGGCAAGAGUUUGGAAUACAUUUUAGGAGGUUAUUUUGAUGUAGGACUGUUUUAAACAUAUCAACAACAACCAUUGUGGUCGGGACGAGUGUGAGGGGCGCCGCGAUGUUGCGGGGCCCGCGGUGGCGGCUGGGCGGCGUGCUGUGCGUCGCCGCGCUGCUCCUGUGGGUGUGGGGCGGGCGCGGGGGCACGGGUGGGGGCGCGGGGUGGGGCACCGGUGGGGGCGGGGGCGCGGGGCACGUGCAGCCGGUGGCGGGGCGCGAGCUGCCGCUCAUCUUCAUCGGCGGCGUGCCGCGCUCCGGCACCACGCUGAUGCGCGCCAUGCUGGACGCGCACCCCGACGUGCGCUGCGGCCAGGAGACGCGCGUGGUGCCGCGCAUCCUGCAGAUGCGCCAGCACUGGACGCGCUCGCAGAAGGAGAGCGUGCGCCUCGAGCAGGCCGGCGUCUCCAAGGCGGUGCUCGACAACGCCAUCGCCGCCUUCUGCCUCGAGGUGAUCGUGCGCCACGGCGAGCCGGCGCCGCGCCUCUGCAACAAGGACCCGCUCGUCAUCAAGAUGGGCACCUACGUGCUCGAGCUGUUCCCCAACUCCAAGUUUCUGUUCAUGGUGCGAGACGGUCGCGCCACCGUCCACUCGAUCAUCUCCCGAAAGGUCACCAUCACGGGCUUCGACCUGUCCAGCCACAGGCAGUGCAUGACCAAGUGGAACCACGCGGUGGAGUUGAUGUACCAGCAGUGCAAGUCGAUGGGCGCGGACAAGUGCCUGCUGGUGCGGUACGAGGCGCUGGUGCUGCGGCCCGAGGAGACGCUGCGCCGCGUGCUGGCCUUCCUCGACCUGCGUUGGGACGAGGCCGUGCUGCACCACGAGCGCUACAUCAACCAGCCCAACGGCGUCGCCCUCUCCAACGUGGAGCGGUCGUCGGACCAGGUGGUGCGGCCGGUGAACCGCGACGCGCUCGACAAGUGGGUCAGCGGCGUGCCGGCCGACGUGCGCGCCGAUAUGGCCGAGCUGGCCCCCAUGCUGUCGGUGCUGGGCUACGACCCGUGGGCCUACCCGCCGCGCUACGACGCGCUGCCGGCGCACAACCCCGCCGCCCCCGCGCCCGCGCCGCACGCGCCCGUGCCCGCGCCGCACCCGCCGUAGCCGACAGCGCCGGCGCCGCCUCCCUCCGCUACCUCGGCGACCGAAACGAACGUUUUAGGCGUUGUCCUAACGCAACGCGAUCAUCGCGCGUUUAAAACGACCGUCGCAUGAUCGCCAACCGGGUGUCCCAAUAGAACGCGAAUACGCGAUCACGAUUUACGCGAGUAUCGUCGAUCAUCGCGCGAACUUCGGUCAGGACACCUACUCAUCAUUGAUAGGGUUGAUUGCGCGUUCGCGCGAACUAAAUUCGUGCGAAUAGAUUUUUAAACAUUUCAGUCGCCUAUUAGGACACCUAUUCUAGAAUCAUUCGCGUUAUCGCGUUGUAUUAGGACAAUGCCUUACUCGUUAAACGGUAAUCCCCUCGGAUAGAUACGUGCGAGGAUACGGUACCUUAAUUUAAUAUUAUCGUGAACGACGUUAGUUUAUGAAAUCUGUACGGAAUUGUCACGCGUGUGAGUCGGUCUGUUGUUAUUCCAAAUUAUUGUCAUUACAUUCCCUUUAAUCUUGAGUAGCGCGUGUACCGUAGUUUCGAAGUACGAAAUUCGAACAGUCGAUAAAAUGAAAUUCUAGUGAUCGAAGAUUAGUGAGCGAAAAUUGUUGGUAAAAGGCAUCCCUCAGAAAAUAACGUGAAUCGUUGGCGUGGAACGGUUUCGAGUCAGAAUCGCAAGGCCAUCGAUGAGGCCGUGCGACGGUCGCUCGGUUCCGUGUGUGCUGUGAUUUGCAUGGCGAUGAGACGUUAACCGAGUACUCUGCUCUUAUGGGUUAUAUAAAUGGGUUCUAUGCAGGCAUUCUAAUUACUUAAACAAAAUAUAAAAUGUUAUGUUUACUUCUUCCAUUUUCACGAUCUAGGUAUGACCUUUUCUUGUCGAUUUGGGACACUUACCUAUCUACUUUAAGUUCUGAAUAUUAACCACUGACAGCGCUAAAAUUGGGAGUGAACAGUUAUAAAAUCAGUAUUGUUAUUAAAUCAAUAUGAUUCCAUUCCUUGAAAACUCGGUUGUUAUCAGUGUUCAACGUACUGUGUUCCCGUGAAUUUCUAUAAAAAUAUCUUGAAUUUAUCUCUACAUUGUAUUGUUUGCAUUAAUAAUACGUUAUGUAUUUGAUUGUUAUAAUUACUUUAAUAUUGAUUAAUAUAUAUCAAAGUUACUUGACUUGGCAUACUGUUGACGUGUACAAAAUUCCAUGUGACACGUAUAAUGUAUCGUCUAACUUAUCGAAAUACUAAUUAACAACAUUGCCAAGUUUCAAUAUUAAUUAAUGAUGUAUUGUCUAAUUAGAGGAAGUUCUAAAUAAAAUUAAAAUCCAUAAAAAUGUAAUGUAAAAAUCAUUUAAUAUAAUUAUGUACCAAUACAUAUACGGCGAGAUAUUCCUAUGCAAAAUGACCCCAAUCGAUGCGUAGAUAGAGUAAAUAUAAAUAAUUUGUUUUUUUAUCGCUCAUCUAUGAAUCACCUGUUGGAGACUAUGGGUAAUAAUUGAAAACAGUUUCACUCAAAAAUUGUUUCAAUAAAUUUUGUUAUAGUAUUUUUCUAAAUGUAAAUAUAAAUAUUAUUAAUAUAUUGUUAGUGAAAGGAAAAUAAAUUCAUAUACUCAUAUUUAUUUAUUAAUAUCACUAAAUAAAUUAAAAAAGUAUCGUCUAUUCUGAUUUACAUUCUCUUCUCUAUCAUCACUUUAAAUAAAAAAAUACCUACCUACUUAUAUGACUGCCAUUCUUUUCACACAACAUGUGUAUUGAUGACGUAUUUAGUUUUUAUUCAAUAAUUUUUAUUUAUUCAGUGGUUUUAAUAUGGUAUGCGUGCUCAAACUACGUCAAGUCAUUUAGGUAUUUAAUAAGACAGUCAAAAAGCUUUCGUGCCGUUAUCGUAUGUUGCCUUCAAGGGCAGGGUUCAUCCAGUUAAUUUUCUUAACCGAUUGGUUGAUAAUGUAAAUAUUAUGAAACUUUUGAAAUAUAAAAGCUGAUUUUUUCAGCUACUUAGAGAUAUAGAUGAACCCUCGUGAAAGCAUCCCGGCGCGGGCGGUCGAGGCCCAGCUGCCCAGGAGCUCUAUUUCUGAAUCGCUCGUCUGACAUAGUAUCGUCGAAUGCGACAUAAGUCACAUUCGACUUUCAAGUCGCAUAAUACUUAUUUUCUGUAUUUUUGAAUCACUCGUCACCGAUGUUACCUGUUUAAUACGAAAUGUAAAAUUUUACUCAUUUCACGCAGAAAUAAUAAAAACCGGUAAUUACCGCAAUGAAAACCGAACAAAAAAUUCUCGUUGUCGUUUCAUAUAAAGUAAAGCAUGACAAUAAUAGAUCAUCGUCGUCUAAAAGCGCAAAAAAUUUGACAAUUAUUCUAUCAUUCGCCUCCACCAUUCGACAUGCAGCGAGUGGUCUCACCCAUUCGUUGCACUCGAGCGAUUCAAAAAUACGGAAUUAAUUAUGUCGAAUGAAAUUUAGUAGAAAUCGAGCGUUCGACGCAAGACGAGUGAUUCAAAAAUAGAGCUCCAAGUCCAGCGCGCGUAGUGGCGGCAGUCGGGGGUUCUUAUGACUGCAAUAUAUUUUUCAAUCUGACGAGUAAAUCUCAAAAUGAAACCAUUAGGUUAUAGCUUGUUGUGGACACGUUGCUCCUAUUGUACAAUGUCUGUGUUUCCCUAAAGUAUUUGUUAUUUUCGUUGUGCAAUAAAGUGUUCUAUGACUUAU